AUCAUAUUCUGCAUACUCAAUCAUCAAACAUUUCACUGGCUUCAUAAGUAUCCACCCUCUCUCUCUCUCUCUCUCUUUCUCUCUCCGAAGAUAUAAGACAUGGCAACUAUGGCUCUCUCAUCCCCUUUCACCGGGAAGGCCAUUCCUUUAAACACACAGACAGAGUUCUCAACUGUCCAAGGCAAUGGUAGAGUUUCUAUGAGGAAGACAGGCAGAAAGCCAGCUGUAUCAUCAGGCAGCCCCUGGUACGGCCCUGAUCGUGUCAAAUACCUCGGACCUUUCUCUGGUGAGGCGCCAUCUUACCUAACCGGCGAAUUCCCCGGUGACUAUGGUUGGGACACCGCUGGACUCUCAGCUGACCCUGAAACUUUUGCCAAGAACCGUGAACUCGAGGUUAUUCACUCAAGAUGGGCAAUGCUUGGGGCUUUGGGCUGUGUUUUCCCAGAGCUGCUCUCCAGAAAUGGAGUCAAGUUUGGUGAGGCAGUGUGGUUCAAAGCUGGAGCUCAAAUCUUCAGUGAGGGUGGCCUUGACUACCUUGGAAACCCAAGCCUAGUUCAUGCACAGAGCAUUCUAGCAAUAUGGGCAACUCAGGUGGUUCUCAUGGGUGCUGUUGAGGGUUACCGCAUUGCCGGAGGACCACUCGGUGAGGUCACUGACCCACUGUACCCAGGAGGCAGCUUUGACCCUUUGGGGCUUGCAGAUGACCCAGAGGCAUUUGCAGAGCUUAAGGUGAAAGAACUUAAGAAUGGCCGACUUGCCAUGUUCUCAAUGUUUGGCUUCUUUGUGCAGGCCAUUGUUACUGGAAAGGGCCCUAUUGAGAACCUUGCUGAUCAUCUCGCUGAUCCUGUUAACAACAAUGCCUGGGCUUAUGCCACCAACUUCGUACCCGGCAAGUGAGGACCCUAGUGUGAACAAGAGAACUUCCAGCCACCUAUUUGUGUGUAAUUUAAGCUUCAAAAUAUGUAUUAAUGGCCAAUUUAACUGAAUCAUGAGAUAUUUUAAAAA